CCUCACUCGCAGCUGCCGGGAGCUGGGGAGAGCGGCCCCAUCCUCGGGACGGGCGUGCAGACCUCUGACCCUGGAGCCUCUUAGCCGCCGGGAGCCGUCCCCUUGGGUCGUCGCCCGGGCCGCCCGCCGUUCCCCGGCCCCGAGGGGCCCGGCCGGCCGCGGUGUGGGGAGAGGUCAGCAUGAGCCGGGGGCCCCGGCGGGCCGGCGCCGGGCAGGGGGCGGCGGCCGCAGUGCAGCUGCUGGUCACCCUGAGCUUCCUCCCGAGCGUCGUCGAGGCCCAGGUCACCGGAGUCCUGGAUGAUUGCUUGUGUGAUAUUGAUAGCAUUGAUAACUUUAACACCUUCAAAAUCUUCCCCAAAAUAAAAAAAUUGCAAGAGAGAGACUACUUCCGUUAUUACAAGGUUAAUCUGAAGCGACCAUGUCCUUUCUGGGCAGAAGAUGGCCAUUGUUCAAUAAAAGACUGCCAUGUGGAGCCCUGUCCAGAGAGUAAAAUUCCAGUUGGAAUUAAAGCCGGGAGUUCUAAUAAGUACUCAAAAGUGGCAAACAGCACCAAAGAAUUAGAAGAUUGUGAACAAGCUAAUAAACUGGGAGCAAUUAACAGCACAUUAAGUAAUCAAAGCAAAGAAGCCUUCAUUGACUGGGCAAGAUAUGAUGAUUCACAGGAUCACUUUUGUGAACUUGAUGAUGAGCGAUCCCCAGCUGCUCAGUAUGUCGACCUGUUGCUGAACCCAGAGCGUUACACUGGCUACAAAGGGUCCUCUGCAUGGAGAGUGUGGAACAGCAUCUACGAAGAAAACUGUUUCAAGCCUCGAUCUGUUUAUCGUCCCUUAAAUCCUCUGGCGCCUAGCCGAGGAGAAGAUGAUGGAGAAUCGUUCUACACGUGGCUAGAAGGUUUGUGUCUGGAGAAGAGAGUCUUCUAUAAGCUUAUAUCGGGACUUCAUGCUAGUAUCAAUUUACAUCUGUGUGCAAAUUAUCUUUUGGAAGAAACGUGGGGUAAACCUAGCUGGGGACCCAAUAUGAAAGAAUUUAAACGCCGCUUUGACCCUGUGGAAACUAAGGGAGAAGGUCCAAGAAGGCUUAAGAAUCUGUACUUUUUAUACUUAAUUGAGCUUCGAGCUCUAUCAAAGGUCGCCCCGUAUUUUGAGCGCUCAAUUGUUGAUCUUUACACUGGAAACGUAGAAGAAGAUGCUGACACAAAAACCCUUCUACUGAAUAUCUUUCAAGAUACAAGGUCCUUUCCCAUGCACUUUGAUGAGAAGUCCAUGUUUGCAGGUGACAAAAAGGGGGCCAAGUCAUUAAAGGAGGAGUUCCGCUUACACUUCAAGAACAUCUCCCGAAUAAUGGACUGCGUUGGAUGUGACAAAUGCAGAUUAUGGGGGAAAUUGCAGACUCAGGGUUUAGGAACUGCCCUGAAGAUCCUAUUCUCUGAAAAAGAAAUCCAAAAGCUUCCAGAGAACAGCCCAUCUAAAGGCUUCCAACUCACCCGACAGGAAAUAGUUGCUCUUUUAAAUGCUUUCGGGAGGCUUUCUACAAGUAUAAGAGAGUUACAGAAUUUUAAAGUCUUAUUACAACACAGUAGGUGCCACUGUGAGAAAGGACAGCUGUUUCCAUCUACGUCAGCAUCACCUUCAGCUGGAAGUUGGGGGACAGCCGAUAGUCCAGCGCUCGGCAGUUUGCAGCCUGAAGUGCCCGUGGAACCCCUGGCUGUCCACCACAGCAGGCAGACUGCUUCCGUGGGAUCGCGGAAAUGAUUUGGUGAAACGUCACAGACACAGACAUGCCCGCAGGUGGGUGUGCGUUCUAGCUUCAGAUCUGAACAGGUGCAGCUUUGAUUUUGAACACCGUUCUAAUAAUGUGUUGUGGUACCCACCAGACUGUAGAAAAUGUGAAUUAAAGUAAAUGUUUCUGCGAUCUUUCUUUUCUUGUUCCCUUCCCCCCCCCCCCCCCACCUCCAUCCCCACCCCGCCUUUGAAAUGUUUCCUGUGAUGAGCUGAGGAUUUGAUUACAGUUAGUGGAGAACUGAGAGAGGACGGAAGCAGUCAGAGCUGGUUUCUCGGAAUGGCAGCCACCGGCCUCCAGCGUGCAGGGUUUCCUCGGGCUCCUGGUCGCUGCGGCAGCAGCAGUACGUAGGUCCGGUUACUAAUCCGUUUUAGGAGAGAACGCAGAAGAGUGGAUGACUAACUUGUCCGUAGUCACAAAUUGUAGGUUGUGGGACUAAAGCUUAAAACCAGCAAGUCUGACUCCAUGUCCCUUGCUCGGAAUGUAGUGUAUCUGUGUUAUCACAGAAGUUGGCUUAUAAUACUCAACUAAAAAUUGGGGACUUUGGAGUAUUUUUGGACUUGUUUUGAGUCACAAGGCUUUUCAAAUAUUCUUUAUUUAAUUUUCCAGAUAAGUAAUACAUUCGCAUGGUUGAAAAACCAAAAAAUAGCAAAGGCCAUACAGUGGAAUGUCUUCUUUCUGUCCUUGGCCAACCUCCCAUACUGCGGACCUCCGCCACCCUUCACCCCUCACCACAGCCUCUGCCCUUGGUCUCUUAGGUUUCCAUCCACACUCUACUUGGGCUUUACACAAGCAAAUACAAAUGUAAAUGUAAAGUCUUCAUUUUGCCUCUCAUUUUUACCCAGGAGUAGCAUCCUAUACAUACCAUCUGCUUUUAUUCACUUAAUUUUUCUUGGUAGUCUUCCCAUAUCACUAGUUACUUCACUCAUUAAAUAAACUUUUUUUUUUUUUUUUUUUUACUAACUGCUCGAUAUUCCAUAGUGUGAAUGGACAGUCGUUUAAUGAACCAAUGCCCUACUAAUGGGCAUGUGUCAUUCCACACAUAUGUAAAUAUGUACUUGUAGAAUAAAUUCCGCAAAAUGGAAUUGUUGGGUCACAGGCCAUAUACAUUUAUAAUUUUGAAAGAUACACAGUUUCCCUCCACGGAGGCAAUUUUACCGAAUUGACCGAUCUACCUGCUUACCCGCCACCUUACCUACAUGGAUGUGGGUUUGAUGUUUGCUGUUCUGAUAGAUACAAAAUUGUGUAUCAGUGUGUUUUAGUUUUGAUUUUUCUUAUUACCAGCGAGACUGACUCCUUUUAACAUGUUUAAAAUCCAUGUUGUUUGUACAUCUUUCCUUUUGUGUUCAUAUCUUUUACCCAUUUUUGUACUACACCGUUGAUCUUCUGUUUCUGCGAGUGCUUUGUUACAGAUAUUAAGCCUUUGUAUUUUUUUUUUUUUUCUAUUUGGUGUCUGUCUUGUGACUUGGCUUAUUUAGGAUAGCUUUGCCAUGCAAUUUUUUUUUAAUGCAGUCUAAUUUAUCAGUUUCUCAGUGGUUUCUGGACUUUGAGUCAGAGUUAGGAAUCCCUUCUUACUUUCAGAGCAGUGAUUCACCUACCUUUUCUUAUAGAACUUUCAUGGCUUUUUUUAGAGCGGAAUUUGAUCCUUUGGAGUAUGUCCUGGCAUGGGGUGUAAGUUAUGGAUUCGACCCAAUUUCUUCCUGCCUGAUUACUCAGUUGUUCCAGUGUCAUUACUGGACAGUUCAUCUUGUCCUCACCAGUCUGAGAUGCUACAUUUAUUGUAUCUAACACCCUACAUGCAUUUAGGUCUGUAUCUGGGUUCUCCGCUGCAUCGGCCUGUUGACUCAGGUACCAGUACCACGGUUAAUUACUCGGGGUCUGUGUUUAAAUAUCUGGUGUGGUGGUCCCCUCUUCUCCCCAACCUCCCCUUUUUUUAAAAAAAAAGUUUUCUUUAGCUUUGCUUUAUUCCAUAUGAGUUUUAAAAACAUUCUUGAACAUACAAACCAUGCUAGAACUUCGCCCUAUUCGGUGUUUUCUCUGGAGAGUUGCCCUUUUAAGCACCUAAUGUGUCCCUACUCUUUUUAUUCUUUACCGGGUAAGAAUCUACUUUUUACUGCCUGUUGUGUUCAUUAUUUCAGUGUUUCACCUGCCAGUGCCCAGACAGGUGAGGGCCACGACUGGGCAGGCGGUGCCUGUGUAGACCUAUUUUCAUCUCCAUGCUCCUGUUUUAAGAUGGAGUUCUCAGAUGAUUCCUUGAGUUCUCAAAUGAUUCCUAGAGGCUAUCUUUACGUAAAAUCCUUAUUUCCUUUUUUAUUCCAUUAUGAAUUCUUUACCCGAAAGCUACAUACCUGUCAGACUCCUCAGAAAGCAGGGAUAGGCCGUUAUAGGAAUAUUAUACUUGUCAAAUCAAUACAUAGCAGAUACAAGUGCAAAUCAAAGAAGUUACCCUUAAAAAAGACACCGUCUACCACAAGAACAGGAUUGGACUGUUCAUUCACUGUUGUGGGUGUCGGGACAAAUAUCCCAGCCAUCAUGUAGCUUAUGAAUUACGUAACCUAACUAGGCUAUCCCUAGCUUCUAGCGAGGACACACCCAGGAAUAGCUAACAUAGAAACCUGUCUAGCAGAGAAGAUGCCCUCAGUGUGAACACAUCUUCGUGUCUCUGACGAUGCCAUCAAGUUGUCACAGAUGGAUUAAAAUCACACAGUAACACCCCUCGCUCACAGCAGAGUCCACAUUCUUCAGGCAGCACUCACAUAAAUUAUUUAACUUUCCAUACGGAUUUCCUUCACAGAAUAUGCCUCCGAAUGGGAAAGUGUCCUCCACUGCGUAGGUGUUGGGUCUGCAAACUUCAGUAAGGGGACAGCAGGCCACGGGUACUCGGUAACACAAACUGAAUGGCUCUGACAAAACAUUUGUUCUUCCUAAACAUACCGUUUUAUAUCUCAAUUAAUGCCCGAAUUCAAGGAGCACCAUGUGGGGACCGCCAAGGGACUGGAGGGGCUGUUGUCGGUUAGCAAGAUUCGCGGGAAACUGAGGUUCAGAGAAAGGGAGGGAUUUAGAGGGAAGUCACAAAUCUAGCUUGAGGAAGCAGGCAUCUGAUCUCCAGUUUUGGCCACGCUGAAGUUCAGAGGCAGAAAACCUGUUCUGGAGAUAAAGAGGCUUAAUGUUCUGAGCCUUAACGUUGCAAAAGGGAAGACAGAUUUGGAGGCUAUGCUGGAAUGAAGUAUUAGUUUCUGGGCAGACAGAGGAGAGGUUUCAGCCACAGGUCAGAGAAAAGAUGAAAAUCCAGCUUUGGAGGAACCAGGUGGAUUCCAUCAGGAGCUGGUGAUUUGGAGCCGAGGACUUGGAUCCCCUAAUUGAUGAUCGGGGCGGUCCACCUCAGAACUCCACACGGAGGGACCCUCCGUGAAGGCCCAGGCCCCGAGGAGCUGUGUGACCGGCACAGGGAAUCCACAGUGAUAUCUAGGUUGGGGGUACGGGGACAUCUUUAGCUACUUCCAGGUAUUCUGACCCACUGGCACAAGGCCUUUGCAUAUAUUCCUGCUAAGGGCCGAGAGGAGAGUUAACGGAAGGGUGCUGCUGAGUUUACACCCUGGACCCACAGACUGGCAAACACCCAAUAAUCCCAGUGUCUAGCACAUAAUAAGCACUCUAUAGACACUGACAGGGUUCCACUCCCUUCGUUCCUUAAAUGUUUCCUCACUUGAAUCGCUUUACGGUUUCUGAUGAGAAUUCCAUUAUUUUAGCCUGAUCCUUUCCAACAGCUCCUCUCUCUCGACCAUGAGAAGCCUUAAAAUAGCAUUGUGCAUAGUUAGAAACUUUUUUAAUUAGUGAAAUUCUCACUAACCUGGGACAAAAAAUGGAAAGGCCUAGGAGUUAGGUCUUUGAUGGACCUGACACUUGUCUAGGUUUUAUUAUACAUCCUCUAAAGUGAAAAGGUAUUUUUU